CCUUAUUUUUGUGGCGGACCAUCAUGGCUGCGCUUUGGAGGAGAGUGGCGCAUCUCAGUUUCAGGAGUUCCGCUCGUUUGCUGUUCAGCAUAAAACCUGCAGUUCCUAAAUCGAGCAAACUUCUGUACUCAGGUGUGGCGUCCUUAGCUGUCGGUGGGCUGUGCGCUGUACCUUUCAAGCAGGCUGACGAUCUCUCCCAUGACUCUCUGGUCAGACGAGCAGCCUCUCUGGUCACAGACAGUUCCAGCACUUUUCUCUCUCAGACCACAUUAGCUCUCAUAGACGCCAUCACAGAUUACUCAAAGGCUGUGCACACACUCAUUUCUUUACAAAAACGAUAUUUAGACUCUCUGGGAAAACUGAGUCCAGCACAAGAGGAUGCGAUCUGGCAGGUGAUCAUUGGUCAGCGCACAGAGGUUAACGACAGACAGGAUGAGUACAGGCGCUUCGAGUCGACCUGGUUCGCUGCAGUGAAGCUGUGUGAGACGGCGGCUGAAGCGGCGUAUGUUUCAGGAGUUGAGCAGGCGUCCGUCACGGUAAGGACAUACAUUCAGCUGGCCCAGUCGCAGGUGGAGGAGGCCCAGAAAAUCUCCCAGGAUGCAGAGAAGAAACUGACUGAGACGAAAGUCAUGGAGGUGGAAAGAACAAGUCAAUACGCUGCCUCCUUAGAGAAUAAUAAUGAGGAGGAGAUGCCUGAAGCUUAUCUGAGAGAAGACUGAAACACGCAUCAGAAAACUUUUAGCACUGAACUGCUGAUCAUUAAAGAACAUUAAACUUUGUAAUCUAGAGUCUACUUACAUUGAUCAGGUAGCUGAUUAAGGCUUCACGAUGUUGCUUUGUGACGAGGUUUGUGUCAUAUUUUGUCAAAAUUCAUUGUAAUAAAAAAUGCAAUAAAAAAUAAAGCUUUAUUUUUCUUA